UGUUACCAGUCAACAAGUCAUGUUAGCAACAGUACAGUAGUAUUAUAUCGUUAUAUCUAGUGAUAUAGACAUGGAUUUUGCACCUUGAUCACGGACAAUACAAUAUGUUAGAGAUCGAUAGGUAUAAAGCACGAGGCGAUGCUCCCGCUCAAGAUAUAUUACGAUCGAAUUCACACGCACGAGCCAUCAGGAAAGCAGCCGAGACGCAUAAAGAGUUGGAGAGAAUAAAAGAACGCGUGAUCAGGACCUUGGAUACGUAUGAUCUAAGCGAGAAACUCUCAGCUGGAGUAGACAAGACUCAAGUAGAUCGCAUAACUGAUGAGUUUAUUCGCGAACAAGCGAACUUGGAAUUUAUAGACGACAUGACACAAUUAAUGGUAAUUUUGAGUGACCCCGUAGCAAAGAGAAAGUAUCAACAGCAAGUUACUGUAUUUAUUGUUGGGUUUGAGAACCUCUGUGGUAGAAGAGCAAAGUUACUGGCUCAACUCAAUGAAUUCUUCAUCCAGAAUAUUUCUGAAGAUGAUAAAUUUGAACUGGAACCUCCUGAAUUUGACUUGGACAUUGUUGAAACAGAAGUCAGAGAAGCAUUGGUUCGGGCAGAGAAAGUAACAGAACGUUUGGCCAAUGUAUCGAAGGAUGUAAUGAAAGCCUUGGAACUGGCCAAUCCCAAGGAAACGAAAAAGGGGAAAAAGAAACUAGAGAAAGCACUCCAUCAAUCUCACCAAGACAUCUUGUCUCUGACUGAAAAAUUGCUUAAAGUUCAAAGUGAACUUGAUCAGAAUGAAGGUAAAAUGAGUCAAGUCUACAAGUCAAUGGAAAUGAAGCAAGUAGAAAUCGAAAGAUUAAAAGUUCAAGCUGACAAUGCUAAGAAAUACGCCGAAGAGAUCAAUGAAAUGAAAACUGAACUUUCCGGGAAAGAUAGAGAAAUUCAAGCGCUUACAAAAGUGACUAAUGAAUUGGAACUGAACAUCGCUCAAUUAGAGGACAAGCACGAGAGAGAUUAUGACAGACAUAAGAAACUAAGAGAUGAAAACGAGGAACUUAAAAGAGAAUACGAAGGAAAGCUGCAAGACCAACAGCACUUCAUAGACUCUAUUCAAUCAGAUUUGAAGCAGCAUUACGAUGCUGAGGUGAAAAAGCUGAGAAGCGAACAAGAGUUGGCAUUGUACUACCUUCKUCAAGACCAUGAAACUCAAAUAAAGAGAAAAGAACGAGUUAUAGAAACGACAAAAAAGAAAAACGAAGAGCUGAGAGCAAGAGCAGAAUCUACAGAAUCUAGUCCACGGAACUCUCAGCACCCAGGGAGUCCACAGGGCAAAUUAAUCAGCUCACCAUUUUCUCCUGACAGCAGUGAAGGCGAAGGGGUAUUCAGUAGGUUGUCAUUAAAAUCAUCGGCUCAAAGUAUACGAAUGAUGUUACGCAAGAGUGGGACAGAAAUCAGUUCGCCUCAAGAAUCCGAAACACAGUCACCUUCAUUCGAUCAAUCGAAGGAAAAUGCGCCACCAUCAUCACGCAGCGAAUCUUUAAAAACAGAGAAAACUUYAAGUGAUUUGAAUGAUAAAACAAAGCAGACACCCGAUGAGAGAUCAGUCAGUGUCAAAUCUGGCCGUAGAUCGAAAUCUCCACAGAAAACUGUACAAGUGAAAACCCCAGAAGAACAAAAGGCUGAGGAGGAGAUAAAGGAAAUGGUCGUGGAAAAAGAUGAGAGUGUUGAUAGAAAAGACGCUUCUAUUCAAAGUGACACUGAAGACCAACCUCAAGAGACUGUCAAGCCAAAGUCCAUUCUACGAAAAACAUCAACCCUUCAGGUGGUACAAGAACAGGAGUUGGACACCGAAGAAGACAAGGAUGUCGACUGGGCCACCCUACCACCUGAAGACCUACUAGCCCAUGCUGAACUACAAAAAACGAAGAGAUUGAAAACGAAAGAAAAGCUGGAAAAAGAGUUGUCUGAAUGGAAAACCAAGUAUCUAAAGAAGACUGAUGCACUCAGACAAGAAAUAGCCGAAGCAGAAGGAAGACACAUUGGAGAAAAAGAAGGUUUACUAAAACAGGUGAAGGAAGCAGAAAGCAAUAAGGAACAAGCGGAAAAAGAGGCGGAACAAGCCAUGCUUCAGUUGGAAGAAAUAUUAGCAGAACAAGAAGAGAUGCGCCGUACGCACGAAAAAUCAAUACAAGAUCGACGUGAAGAACAGACCAUGACAGGACUAUCGUUGAGAAGCAGACAGAGUGUGGAAAAGAGAGAAAGAGAUACCAUGACAGGAAUAUCACUAGAUGGAAAACAGUCAUUGCAGUCAGAUAGUCAUCACUCAUUGGUCAGUCGUGGCGUUAGUCCACUUCCUAUCAUGGAAUCCAGUACACAAGAGGAAACCGAAGAUCACGUGGAGUACCGAGGUGUUAGUCCACGUGACAGUGGCUUCGAAGGCGCUGGAUCGAGUGUUAAAUUUGAUUCCAGGCCUGUAUCAGGAUCAAGCAAUGUUAAUGUUUUAUCGCCGCAAAUGGAGAGAGAAGAAGAGAGCGUGGUUCCUGUUCUUGGAUCUCGUUCCUCUACCCUUACAGCCCCAACGAGACAAGUGCUUAUGAGUGCGCGUGCUCGGCGUAGACUCGUCAACUCGGCUCUUCGUGAUCAUCCAGUUGCUUCGGAAACCCUUCGUAUCUACGAAGCUGUACAGCGAUUUAAAGGGAACAUUACCACGUGGCUUGAGAAGCAGGGGCUGUUUGUGGAAGUCAGUGAAUUGACGAACUUCGAAACGAGUGAUGUCGACAAGGGUGAUUUAACAGGCGUCAUUGAAAGACUUCCUGAAAUACGAUACAGUAUAAGUCAGGUCUUAGACAAAGUGCACAGUAUCGUAUCUACACAGAACGUGUCACGUGACCUUAAGUCACGUGCUGGAAGUACAACCUGUGGGUCUYCUGCAGGACAGGACACACCCGAAGCUAAAGACGAACAACCAAUGGAAUCUAAUUACAGUAAACUCUUAAAGGAAUACAACGACCUUGCUGAGGGAUAUGAAAAGCUGAAGACACAUUUUGACCAAGAAAUUAAAUUUCACCAAGAACAGACAAGCCAGAACGCUAYAGUAAUGGCUGACAUGCAAGAUACGAUAACGAGUCUUAAACAACAGCUAAAUGAUGCUUUGGCAGGACGAUCAAUAUCACCAGGGAGGGCAAGCUCUUCUAUAAUGUUUUCACGCCUUGACGCAGAAAGAAACGCAAAGAUUCUAAAACGAGCGAUCAAUGAAAACCGCACCACUAACAAUGACGUAACACAAGCAUUUGAUCACAUGUCUGAUUACGUCAGCUUACCUGCAAAACGAUUGGCUGCUAUUGUAGAGCGGUAUACGCACCAUCAUGCCAUGCAGAAAAUAGAGGAAAAGCUGAAGAACAACAGUGAAAAAUUAGAUGAAGAAGUCCUCCAUACUUUAGAAAAAAUGGAAAUUCUGCAAAAUGAACGAGCAAGGAGAUGGGGAGAGAAAAUGGAUGAUUUGGCCGAGAGACGAGAGCGCUUGGCUCAGCUGAUGAUGGAGACUUUUGAAAGGCUAGAAAACGAUACAGGAAUCUUCCUGAUAAAACCUGUGUUGUCAUACAAGUCCAGGUUUGAUCCACUUGGAGGGUACUUGGUGAGUAAAAAUAAACCAGUGUCUAUAAACCAGCCACUUAGUACAGUAACACCAGCACCAACCCCAUGGCUGACCAACGGUAUGAAGUCAUCCAUGACCAACAUUCACCAUGAACUUUCCCAUGGAAGCAAAUCUACGUCAUCCAUCCCACAAUUGACAGAACUUGAACAUGGCGUUAUGGACAUGGACGUCACGCAACCAUUCAAAGACACUGACGAGACAUAUCAGGGGCAAACAUGGCAGAUUUCCAAAUCCCAAGUUCAAGGAAGCCCACAGUCUAAUGUUGGCCUUACUGCACCUCGUAUCCUGGAGCUUGAUGUAAAUCGCAUGAUGGUCGGACAAACACAAGUCAGCACGGGUUUUGUUGGAAAUAAAACAAAUGUUCCUACUUCGUUGAUAAGAAGUUACGUGACAGUUGAACGACCCUCAGGAAGCAAACAUGUCAAGAAGGCAAAGAAAACAACGGACCCAGAUCACUCAUUCGAUCCCAUGGUGCCCCACUUGCGCAACAGCCCAUCGACCAUGCGGUAUUCUCCCUUACCUCCAAUACGCAUGCCUGAACUAAGACAAGAGUCACGCUCCAGCAAAUCGUUACGAAGCUACCCUGAUAGCGAGUCUGUGACGCAGUCGGUACCAGGCAGUCCUGACUACAAUGAUCGGCUCGGUCAAAUGAGUCCGAGUAGAGCAGCAACUGACGAGAGACUGAUUCUUUCACCGGAUGUUGUACCAGUCAAAUAGYGAUGAACAAUGAAAAUACCAAUGUAUAGUAAAUAAUAAAGAUGUACAUAUCUUUAAUGAAUCUGUAAGCGGACAUUUCAUCGUGUUUGAUAUAAAAUAUGAGAAGUUAGACUUCGAAAAACUGACCUGAGAUACGUAUACAGGAUGGAUAAAGUAUAGAACAAUUUACGAAAACAGGAGUAAAAUAAAGUCGGUCCUGAUAGGGGAAUUGUGCCCUGGGCCUUGAAAAUCGACAAAGA